UUCAGAAAGGAAUCAGAGCUACAUUGUGUUAUUCUGCAGCUGGCAAUCUCUCUUUUUCCCUGAUAUCAUCUCCUUUCUUUUACACUCCAUAUUACCCGCACUUCUGUCUUCAGCAAAACGCAAGCUAUUUUGGAAAGAUGAGGGUUUCAAGAGUAAUACUGGGAUCCUUACUAGGGCUUGUUGGUUGUCUUGUAACAAACAAAAUGCAUGCUACCAAUUCUGGUACAGACCUUCAUCGAAUUGGGCAACUGAAAAGUGAGGCAGAACUGGUAAAAGUUGACGAGUUGAUGGAUGAAUUAGUGAAGCAUCGAACAAAAAGAGGGUCACUGGACGAAAGCACCAAAAAGGAUAUAGUGUAUCCCCGACUAAUCCAUCCACCUCCAAGCAGGACAUCUGAACAAAACCAAGUUCAGAAUGGUUCCUCUCUGUCAUCCACCUGGCGUCCCCAACUCCAGAAUCCUCUCUAUCCACUAGGCGAAAGUUCACUCACUGCCUACGGAAUAUUGUUGCUGUCUUUGGUGGUAUUUGCAGUAGGCAUCAUUGGCAACCUGUCAGUUAUGUGUAUUGUGUGGCACAGUUUGUAUCUAAAAAGUGCCUGGGACUCCAUCCUGGCUGGAUUGGCACUUUGGGACUUCCUUCUACUCUUCUUUUGUUUGCCAGUAGUAGUUUUCCAGGAGAUCACUCGUCAAAGGCUGUUUGGGGUAAUGUCCUGCCGAAUUGUACAUUUUAUGGAGGUUUCCUCCCUUGGUGUUUCAACUUUCUCUCUGUGUGCAUUGGGCAUUGAUCGCUUCCAAUCAAUAACCUCUCCUCUGACUUCACCAAGGCCAGUCGAAAGAUGUCAAUCCAUCCUGGGCAAGUUAUCUGUUAUUUGGUUAGGGUCUUUAACACUUGCACUUCCUGAGAUCCUGCUCUGGCAGCUUAUGCAAGAGCGCUCCCCUGUCUCAGGUUUGGUGAGUGAAUCCUGUGUCAUGCAACCAGCUCCCAAUCUGCCACCAGUUUUACAUUCCCUGGUACUCACCUAUCAACAUGCUCGUAUGUGGUGGUUCUUGGGAUGCUACUUCUGCCUUCCUCUUCUCUUCACUGUGAUUUCCCUGCUAGUGACCCUUCGGAUUAUAGGUACCACAAAAGACAACAAAUAUGGACAGUGCCAGCGACAGCUCAGUUGGAUGGUGGUCAUUCUCGCUAUUGUGUAUGGAGUAUGCACUCUGCCAGAAAAUAUCACCAAUGUCCUGGUCGCCUACACAAGCCUGGAAAUACCAAGGGAUCUUCUGACACUGAUAACUCAGUUCUUUUUGUUUCUGAAGUGUGCAGUGACUCCAGUUUUGCUCCUUUGUCUCUCCAAACCCUUAGGACAGGCAUUCCUGGACUGCUGCUGCUGUUGCUGUGAAGAAAGAAUUAAUCCAGAUACUGUGCAACUUCCUGGAAAAGAGGUGAAAAAGACUGAAGAGGAGCCAAAACCUCCUUUGAUCUGCAUUAAGGAGUCAGACCUACCACUGGGAACACCUUGCUAAGGCAAAAUGGAGAGUUUGUAUAUGUGUAUGUGUGUUUGUGUGUGUAUGUAUACACUGAACAACAUUUCAAAUGGAACACUUUUGGUUUUGC